UGUUUGUUUUCUAUUUUUCGUCCGUCGGGGCGCCAAGCUUGGCUGAGGUCCCAACUACGCAAUUGCUACUUCCUAACUAGGUUUGCAGGGCAAUUCUCCAAUUACAUGAUUGCGAGUAGCGUAAUACCUGCACUUUUACAGCCAGUCCCCGAGCCUCUUAACUCUUCCCAUGUAUCACACCCACUCUCGAGAUACUACUGA